AUGGUCGCCAGCGUUAAGCACUUUAUCGUGUCUGAGUACGGCCUCAACACCCGUAACUUGAAAGGCGAAAUCCUCGGAGAUUGGCUCAAAGCCAAGACGAAGGCGGUUGAUUAUCUAAUCAAGAAAGCCAAGGAGAACCUCAGUUUUACUUGGACAGGUAUCGGAACAAGUCUUUUCUUCGACUGGAGUAUUACGAGAGGAAUCUACGGCAUCUCGUUAGAGAACAAGAGCAUUACCAUCUUUGACUCCGGAAAUCAAACAGUCUCCACGACGUCGCUGUCCUUCUUGGCAGAGGGCAUCGUCGCCGUGUUGCAGCAUCCUGCCGAAACGGCCAACAAGUACAUCAACAUUGUUGAGUCUGAAGUGACACAAAACCAGCUCCACAAUCUGUUCGAGGAGGAGACUGGAACCAAUUUUACGGUUAAGCACAAGACCGCUGAUGAAGCCGAGAAGGUCGGCAAGGAGAAGCUGGCAGCCGGCGGAAGAUUUCCCUUCGAGGAGUUCCUUCAGAAGUACUAG